AUGCCCAGGUUAAACUCGCCACUUUCCAACUCCCUCCCCCCUCUUGUCUUCGGGACCGCCACCUUCAAUUACCAGUACAAUGUCGAUCCAUACGCAUUGGGUCCCACUUCUCUUGUCCAGAAGGCCCUCGCCCAAGGAAUCCAUGCUUUUGACACCUCCCCCUACUAUGGACCGGCGGAAGAGAUUCUCGGGACUGCUCUGGACACUGACCUAGUCAGACGACACCACCCGCGGGAUCAGUACUUCAUCCUUACAAAGGUCGGCCGCGUCGCCGCCGACAUCUUCGAUUAUUCCCCAUCUUGGGUCCGACAAAGCGUCCAAAGAAGUUGUAAACGUCUAAGGACCAACUACCUCGACGUUGUCUAUUGCCACGAUUGCGAAUUCGUGUCGCCGGAAGAUGUCCUCUGCGCCGUAAGAGAGCUCCGUCGUAUUCGGGAUGAAGAAGGCACCGUUCAUUAUAUCGGUAUCUCCGGUUACCCCGUGCUGGUUCUUUGCGAGCUGGCUGAAAUGAUUCUACGAGAGACUGGAGAGCCAUUGGACAUUGUUCAGUCGUAUGCGAACUUCACCCUUCAGAACACUCGACUGCUUUCGGAUGGUCUCCAGCGUCUUGUGAAUGCCGGUGUGGAUGUUGUGACAAAUGCUAGCCCUCUGGGAAUGGGCUUGUUGAGAUCGACCGGACCCCCUCUAGGAGCUAUGGGCAAUUGGCAUCCUGCCCCGGAUGGCCUCCGACAAGCCUGCAUCGACGCCGCGAAAUGGGCAGCAGCCCAAGGAGAAAAGCUCGAAGUCGUUGCAGUCAGAUUCGCCCUUGAAACCUGGCUUCGGGAAGGCGCCAAGGUUGGUUCUUUGGGUAGCCCACUAGGAACCGCCGACGCGUCCUAUGGGCACUCUCUCAGUUUGCCUCCGCAGAAAUUAGGCGUCAGUGUCAUGGGUGUCAGUAAGGUGGAAGAGCUCGACGAGACGAUGCGAGUGUGGAGAAGCGUUCUCGAUGGGCUAGCCGACGAUCUCGAUGCCGAACCAGGGACCAUCACUCCCUCCGACUCCGUAACCGAUCAUGAGUGGUCUCUGGCGCGUCGCCAAACCAUCCGCGAACUCGCCAAAGGGAUUCGAGGAGUCAUCGGCUCUCAGUGGGUUGACUAUGCCUGGGAGUCUCCUGAUCCAGGCUUUGUCAAUCAAAGAAAGGAGAAGGAUGAUGUAGUGGUCCAUGAGGCAGAAGUGGCAGCUGCUCCCGACACAACGAUGCUCACACCUCCCUCCGAAGCGGACGACAAUGGAGUGCCAACGGACGUGCCCACUUUGUGCUCUGAAGCAUGA